AUGGCCGAUGGGGUUUCCGUUCCAGCGCGUACGCUGGCGGAUUCCUUGCGCUUUCAGGCCAAGUCUGGCUGGAGAGGAGCUUUCCAAUGGCUCCAGCAGAGUCGUGAGGCCGCUUUGGAGACGUCGUCACAGCUCUAUGGCCGCUUGGUCAAAGCUGCAAAGAGACCUGCUGAUGGGCAAAGCUGGAAGAGGUGUCUCCAAGUCCUUUGUGGAGUACCAGACUCUCUGGUCAGCGUGCAGCUCUCCAAUCAGGUGGCAAGCUCGAUCACAACGCAACAUUGGGAGCUCUCCUUGGAGGUCUUGCAAGAGGCCUUGCGAUUUGGUCGUUGGAGUGUGGUCAGCACGAACACAGCCCUUUCGGCCCACCUUCUUCUCUCUGGGUGGCAGAGAGCACGGGCGACCUUGGCACAACAGGAAAGACGGUCUCGCACAGAUGUCAUCUCCUGGAACACCGUCAUGGCGGCUUGCAGCCGCGCCGGCCAAGCAGAGCUAGUGCUUAGGCUGUUAAAGGAACUUCAGCUGUGCCGUCAUGAGCCCGAUUUGGUCUCCUUCAACACGGUCUUAGAUGCCUGCUCUGAGGCAAAGCUGUGGCAAGCUUCGUCACAUCUCUUUUUCGCUUUGCAAUGGGCCGCCCUGAAGCCGGAUGCCUUCACGCUAAGUGGCAUCAGCACGGCAGUUUCGUGGAGGACUGCACUGGACUUGCAGUCCGGCAGCAUCACUCCCAAUGCUGUCAGUGAUGCAGCGCUUCUAACAGCUGUUGGCACUGAUUCCAUCCGACAGUGGCCGUUGGCCCUCCUUCUGAUUUCGAGAAUGCAGGCACUUGACCAGCUGCAGGUCAUGAGCCUCAACGCUGCUGUUGCAGCUUGUGGAAAUGCCAAUGAAUGGACAAAGUCUUUGCAGCUUGCUCAAAGGAAGCCCUCACCUCGCUCGAUGGGCAGCAUGCUGGCGGCCUGUGGUGAUGCCACGGAGUGGGAAAGGGUGCUGCAGAUCUUCCUCCACGUAAAGAAUUCCAAGCUCAGCAAUAUGUUCACUUAUGGUGCUGCAAUCACAGCGUGUUCUAGAGGAGGGGCAUGGCCGCAAGCACUUCACUUGCUAAGCCAGGCCCGGAAAGACUCCUGUUGUGAUGCCAUCUGCAUGAAUGCAGCGAUCAGUGCAUGCCGCUCCAAUUGGGAGCUAAGCGUCGCGCUUUUGCAAGAAGCCAAUGAAGAACGUUUGGACACGGCAGUUGCUUAUGCAGCAGUGAUGACAGCAUGUGAUCGUUGUGAACAGCCUGUGAAGGUUUUGGCUUGCUGGGCAGCUAUACCGAAGAAGAGCCAUGCCGCCGCCUGCAGCCUUGCCUUGCGGGCUUGCGAGGCGACAUCUUCAUGGAACCUUGCUAUGAGGUGCCUUCAGAGUGCCUUGAAGGAACUACUCCAGCCUGACGCGGAGUGCAUUGGUGCGGCCAUUGGCGCCUCCAUUGAAGCCUGGCAAAGUGCGAUGCUUUUGAUGAAGGACGCCACACAGCGGUCCUUGCAGCUGGAGGUGGGUGCUGUGGUUGCUUACGCUUCAGCUUUGCGCCAGGGAGGGUGUUUUCAGAAGCUCAGGAGACUGCUUGGAGAAGUGGCCUUCGACCUUGGUGGAUUGAAGGGGUGUAGACGUUGA